UGCGUUUCUUAUCCAAACCGCUGGAGCUGGGAGAUGAAAAAAGGAGCCAUCUAGCUGACCACAUCUCACCUCUCAUCGUCGCUCGCGUCGAAACUACCCGAUGCGGUGAUCGUGUGUUAGCGAACCGAUGUCCUGUGGCGAGAAAAUAUUCUGGAAAAUGGAUCGACUUGCGCUUUGAGGGGGAUGAAAGAUCAUUUUGCUCCUUAACCCUUUCUGCUCCGAGAUCUGCGAACAAUCGAGAAGAUGAUGCGCCAGGUGACAACCAGUGACUUCUGCAUGAACAGCAGGCCGUCGUGCCUAGCAGAGGACAGCCACCACCCCACUGCUCACUUUGACCUGUGCACCUCUCAGGCCAGCAAAUUCUACCCUCCUCCCCCUCCAGCGUCCCUCCAGAUGACACUGGCUCCCAUGGCCUUACCCACCCAGAGCCACAAGCCCAUGGUGUGCCAGAGACAGGAAGUUCUUGGGGGUGACCCCCGCUCGCCUGGAAAGCUAGCAGGCUUAAAAAACACCAAUCAAGCAACAGAUGAUGCCAAGAAGAAGAACAAGUCUGUCGGGAAAACAGGCAGACGUGGGAGGCCUUUGGGAACCACCAAGCUAGCUGGUUACAGAACCAGCACAGGGCGACCACUCGGCACCACCAGAGCUGCCGGGUUCAAGACGAGUCCUGGAAGGCCGCUCGGUACAACCAGAGCAGCGGGGUAUAAGGUCAGCCCCGGGAGGCCUCCUGGCAGCAUCAAGGGCCUCUCUCGCCUCAACAAACUGGUUCACAGUAGCACUUGCAGCGGAGCAGCUUUCCCCUAUCCACUACCACACAAAGAAAUCCUCUGUGAACCUUCCUGCAAAGAGAAGCCGGCUAAUGAGUAAAGCCUGUACCCCGUUUCUACUUCACCCUUCGUCUCUGGAAUAACAGACAGACACGCACAGGUUUCCUGCCACAUAUUGAGGGUGAUUGCAAACUUUCCUAGUCUGCUGUGAGGCAGAGAGAGAGGAGGAUUUUUCUAUUAUUCGUGUUUUUGUCUUUUGUGUGCCUGCCACCUGAUAAAAUUACUGUUUUUCAGUGCUAGAGAUCUAUAGUGUGCGAAAGGUUUCACUACACAGUGUACACAUUGCUGUAUCUGUUUUCUGGGGAGAAAAAAAUACCAGAUAUUCAUUGAACAAGAGGCUUUUAUCCAGCAGCUACUGUGGUAGUUAAGUCUUAGAGUGUUACAUGUAGCAUUUUAACGCCAACUAAUGUUGGAAACUUGGGCUGUCCUGUCAGAUUUUCUCUUCAUGAUUAUUGCCGAUAACGACAAUAUUAUUGCAAUUUUGCAAGUUCAUCUAUACCGUUGUCUAUUGCAUAAUUUCUUUUAAGGCAAUUUAAUUAAAUCUCCAAAUAAAUGGAGGUAGCAAGAGAGUGUGUAACCAUAGUCGUGCAAAAGCAUAGAAUAAGAACAGCUACACAAUAAUGUACGAUGUGAUAUUGAUAAUUUAUUUUUAAAUAUCAUGGUUAUCGAGGAAACCUCUAAUGGAAACGAUUCUAAAUCUUGUUUGAUGUAAACAAGGACAUUAUUGCUGAACUGCAGCUUGUAAUUUAAAUGAGCUGCCAUCAUGAAAAACAGGCAGGUUGAUAGGAAGUAAAGAAAUAUAGUUAUAGAGGAAAGGUUGGUAGUCUAGUGAUUUGCUCAGUGGCACUUCAAAAGUAGAAAUCUUAAUAUUUAUCCAGCAUCCCACAACUAAAAUCUGACCGAUCCAGUUUCACUCAGCUCCUCAUGUAACACUAAAAAUAUGUAACUCCUCCUAAAAACAGAUUUUAUUCUCUAAAUGUCACAUUGCAAAAUAUCUACAUAUUAUUUGCAUGCAAAACCACUGACUCAACAUGCAGAUCGUUGUUAUUCAGCUAAGGUUUUGUUUGUAUUUUUUUUUUAACUAAAAGUAUAAAACGUUUAAAAAAAAAUGUAUACACCUUCACAGCAACGCCCUUCGUCUCUGAUGACCUGCUACAAAUUAGCUAAUGUGGACUGUGGUUGCCUUUUUUGUUACAUAUUCGGCACAGAGAAGCUGUAGACAUUUGGAUGGAUGGUGUUUUUGUACUUGAUCACUCUUCACAGCCACUAGCUAGUCCCAGCAACCUGCUGGCUUAUUUGUGGUGGGACUUGUUUCUCCACUCUCUGCUUUUGUCUGCUAUUCUUUUGCAAAUUUCAGCACAAAUACCAAAAUAAUCAUUUUUUUAAUGCGCUCUUUUUCUACACAGCUUACUUUUACAAGAACGGCAAACUUAAUUUCUUAAAAAAAGAAACAUGCCCAUUUAAAAAUAUGACCUUCCUCACUGUUCCUGCUCUGGAACAACUUUUAGACAUGUUUUGUUUUUAGGAGGCACUUGUGUUUGAAACGCAGCUUAAAUGUCCUUAUAUUGAUCUAAAAGCUUCAUUUUUGGCUUUGCAUUUAUCACUCCUACGGCAAAAUGUAAACCCGUGUGACUGUUUUUAGUGUGUAGAUGUCAGUAUAAAGUAAGAGAAAGGGUACACUGCUUUAUUCUAAAAGGGCCACAUUGUAGAGGAAAAUCUGUUACCUAUUAUUGUGUUCUUGUUUUGUGUCAAACCACAGGGUCCAUUUGUUGGUGUAAAAUAAUGAAAACUUGCGUUAGUGUUACAUUUGUCCCAAGAUAGUGAACAGAUUCACAGAUAUUCAGAAUCUCAUCUGCUAUGAAUGUGUUGCUGAAUGUAAUUCCAAUGAUAUGACUUUUAAAAGUUUGUGUUAAACACUUUUACCCAGCUAAAGACUCAAAAGUCUUAUUGGCAUCCUUGCUCACAGAUCAGAAAAUACACUGCCUGUCAAAAAAAAUCUAAUAAUUUCUUGCACUGCCUUUUUAGCUUUGAUGACAGCUCGCAUUCACCAUGGCAUUGUUUCGAUAAGCUUAUGCAGCGUCACCAAGUUUUUGUCCGUACACAGUUGCAUGCUCCUGCAGGGUUAUGAAAGCCUGAAAUAUAAAAUAAUUGCUAGAAAGAUUUUUUUGAAAAUGGAGAGUUUAUUGAACUAUCUAGCAAAUUUGUUUGAAAAAAUGAAUUAAAUUUUAAUCUCUAUAUAUGACUUUUAAUUUAUAUUGUGUUUGCUACAUCUGGCUUCAAAGGAAAUGCUUAAAAAUGCAUUUUUUUAGGUUUGUCAUUGGGAAAAAAAUCACACUGAUGAUAUAACUCACAAAAAACUGAAUGUAUUUAAUAUGAAACAAUAGGCGUUAAAGGGUUAAAUCUGGCAAUUUUUCCAUUGCUGAGUCCAAUCUUUAUACUAACUAUGAAAUUGAAGCCCUUUUUUACCUGCUCACUGACAAGUGGUUUUGUUUAGUCCUGUUCUUUUUACUCUGUUCAUACUGCCUUACUGUAAUGAGAACGUGGAAAGCCCCUACCCGGUUUUAGUAGUUUUAUCAGUCUCUUUAGUUGUUUUCUUUGCUUGAAAGAGGCCAAUAAUUUGACCCUUCCAACAUUCUUGGAUGAAAAAUAAGAAACUACUAAUAGUUUGGGUUAAAUAGCCUGCUGUCAGCUGAAAUAUGUUAAACACUGCAGUAAUUAUUCAAUAGAAGCCUCUUCCUUUUUUUUUUUUUUUUGCUUAGUUAAAUUUGGUUUUUUUUGGCCAGGCAGUGUAUGGACAAAAUGCUGAAAGUAAACAAAUGAGACCAUCUAAUGAGGCUGUCUCCCACUACAGGCCUCUAGGUUUAAGUGGGAAAUCUGCAGAGAGAGGGCGCUGUUCCUCCAGAGGAAAGACAAGCUGAUAGCAACAUUUGGUGAUCACACCAUCACUGCUGUGAGACUCACAGCAAAUCAUCAUCAUAAAAUGUAACUUUCUAAAGGAAAAGUUUAAGCAGCUCAUUAUUUUUUAAGCGAUGACAAAGUCCAAUCACGCUUUUUGUUUAAGGUUAGUAUUUAUUGUGCAAAUGCCAGUUUAGUGUAAAUGUAAGAUGCACAAAACUCUAUUGGUUUAAUAGUUGUGACUGUACAACAUGUGUAAUACACUUAUAGUUAAUGAGAAUUUUGAUACAAAAUGACCAAUUGGCUAUAUAACUACUUGCCACUAUAAUUUUUUUAUUUAAUCAUUCAGCAAAUAAUAAUUUUUGGUCUUUAAAACGUUCCCUACUGAACAUUCGCUUUUUAAUUGUAUUAUUCAUUUAUGGGUUGAUUUAAAUUCAGAGAGUGGAGAAAGUGAAACAGUUUCACUAAGUCGCUCUGCUAUGAUAACAUUUAAAAUAGUUACAUUUGGUGCAAUAAUCUGUUGUAUGUAUUGUACUGUGGAAACUUUGAUACUAUCACUUUUUAUCAUUGUAUUUUUAAACUUGUGUAUAAGGCCUUUUAUCAUUGGUUUGUUGACGUGCGUAGUGUUAUCAGAGGUAAUUCAUACAAACAUCCUCUUCACCCUCCUUUACCAAAGAAUAUGAUCUUAUCUGACUUGAUCUAAAAAUACUCGAACAACCUCACAAAACAGCCGGAGCGUGAAAAUGUAAAUGGAAGUUAAAAAACAAACAAACCACUAACCCAUAAAAGAUGAUUGUUUGGCUUCAUCGUUACAUUGUUACAUCUGGGAGAGUAUGUGUUUAAUGAGCACACUGUAAAUUAGUACACGUUGAUAAUACAAACUUUACUUUUCAUUGUUUUCUAUUUAUAUGUUAAAUUGCUUCAAAAUUAGACUUCUUUUUAUCCAUAAUUCUUAUAUAGCCAUGUUUGAUAUUUACCUGAUAUUUUCCAUUGAGAUUAUGGUGGAAAUGGUGCCUGUUUCUUUUUGGUUUUUUGUGUUUUUUUACACAGUAUUUGUGGCUAAAGUGUUUGUUAAAUUGUUAUUAUUUGUUUCUAACCCUGAUAGGAUCAAAAUAACUGGGGAGCCUUUCUCACAGCAGACAUUUUAAUAUAUGACACAGCAGGAAAAGCGUAAAUAAGAGCAUACACAAUGGCUAUUGUGAAGUUGGCUCGCAGUGACUUAAAGGGAGAUUUGAAGACAUGUUAAGGUUGCUUAUAACAUGUUUAAGUCACCUUUUAGUAAAAGCUGUGAAAUAUGGCUUUUUGUUACUGCUCUUCAAUCUUCUGGGUAGCUUCUGUUCUUAUAACAUCUGCAACUUACUGAAAAAGUGAACCGUGUUUCUUCAGAUUAUAGGAUGACUGUGUGUUUUGCCUCAUGUACAACACACACACAAAAUUAGCUUUGUUCACUUUUAGCAGCUCCAAUAGACCUUUACAUCUUGCUAGUUUGCUAUUAGCGGCUAAAAGCUAGAUAUUUGCACAUAGACAGUGGGGUUUUGGAAACUUUGUGUUUUUUAAAAUCUGUUAAAAACAACAGUUUUUCACAGCUAAACACCCAGAUUAUGUGUAAAAAACCCUCAUCUGGCAUAUUCAAAUUUUUAUUGAAAGAGCUUAGCUAGCUCUCAUAUGCGUUUCUUUUUUAGCAAGUAAGGGGGAAACAGUUAUGU